UUCAAACCAUUUUCAGGAAUUUGUUGGAUACACUAUAUUGCCAAAAGUAUUGGCCCUUGCCCACCCAAUCAUGUGAUUAUCGGUGUUAUCCCCUCCAUAUUUGUUAUUCAGGUGUUCCAAUCACCUCCAUAUCCAUGUGAUUCAGGUGUUCCAAUCCCCGCGCCAUAUCAAGUGAUUCAGGUGCUCCAAUCCCCUCCGUAUCAUGUGAUUCAGGUGUUCCAAUCCCCUCCAUAUCAUGUGAUUCAGGUGCUCCCCUCCCCUCCAUAUCAUGCGAUUCAGGUGUUCCAAUCCCCUCCAUAUCAUGUGAUUCAGGUGUUCCAAUCCCCUCCAUGGACACAUAUACAAUGUGCAUGCAGACUGUUCCAAUGGGUUGCUCUCAGGAGCUCAGUGACUCCAAGCGCUAGAACUACUGCUCCCAUCCCCUCCCAACACCUAUAUGAAAGGGUUACAAAACGCACAGCAGUGACAUCA